AAAUACAUUCCUCGAGAUGGAUGUACAGAAUGCUUUAAAACAUCGUCGGUAUUGUAAAUUGAUGCCCGGCAUUGGAUCUGGACACGGCUGGACUGCCGUCAAGGGUCAACUCCGCCCUCGACAAGGUUUUUCCGCCGUCGGCAAACCUCGUCAAGGCAUUUAUAUUCUAUCCGGCCCACGGGGGAGGCCUAUCGCCGAAGACCCGAUCGCCCUACCACUGCUGCCGCGAUGCUGGCACGAGACAAGAUUUCUACGGGGGCCGAGGACGGACGCGGCCGUGCUUGGUUCUCGCAGUCGACUUUAAGACCGCGAUGCCGAGCUAACGGUGAAGAGAAGCCGGAGCAGCCUUCCACGUUCGCCGCCCGCGCGACUCGCGAGGUCCGUGCAGACAGUGCAGAAUCCUGCGGUUCUUUCCUCCUUUCCUCUCCUUCUCUUUCCUCCCUUUCCUCAUCCCUUGCGCGAAACAUGAUCGAUUCGUAAGACGCCGGAUUCCGUGGAUUCCGGAUACGCCUACGACGAAGGGUCGAGGGAAACGCUCGCUCACACGAGCGUUGCGUUUACGCACGGCAGCCAGGUGCAUUCCCAGCGAGGUGCGGCCGGACUUCCUCCUCGGCACCAUGGCCCAGAGUGCUCGUUCGUAGAGAAGAAUACACGCAACUAUGAAUAUAAUUUUGAAGGAGCUGUUGCUGCUGCUGGCGGGCGCGUUCGUCGUCGCGGCGACGACGUCCGCUUGUCCGUGGGCGCAGCAUGCGGUGGAUCUCGAGAGCUCGUGCAUCUGCGAUUACAAUCUAGCUGGCGAGCUAUCAGUUCAGUGCGACAUUGUCGAUUAUGAGCAGCUGUUGUCGGCGAUGCGGCGUUACGCUACCAAAACGCCGAUUGAUCUCUUCUACAUCAAUAAUAGCACAAUCGGUGCCCUGAGGAAUGGCUCGUUCGCCACCUUGAGGAUCAACAAUAUACAGCUGUCCGGCUGCCGCAUCAGAAGUAUCGAGCCGGAAGCCUUCAAAGGCCAGGAAAAUCAUCUGAAGAGUUUGAAUCUCAAAGAUAACGAGCUCACGGAAAUUCCCGGUGUCAAUCUGAAGACUCUGAAGAACCUCACCGUGCUCGAUCUCUCGAUGAACAAGAUCACCAGGGUCAACGACAACGCCUUCACCGGCACUAAGCUCAUCACGUUGAAACUCUCCGACAAUGAGGUCACUCUUGCCCCGGGAUCGUUCCGCGGCCUGGAGAGAACUUUGAAGAAUCUCAAUCUCAAAGGAACGCGGCAGAAGAAAGUUCCAGACGCGCUCAGAGGCCUGAGAACCUUGGCCUUCCUCGAUCUAUCGCAGAACAGCAUUCGCGAGCUUCCCGGCACGUCUGGAACUAAAGCUUUCGAAGGCCUCGAUUCCCUCACAGGAUUAAACCUCGAGAGAAACUUGAUUCAGAAUAUCGGCCCGGAUGCGUUCUACGGCAUCAGAAACACCCUGAGCUCUCUGAGUUUGUUAAACAAUCUCAUCCCAGAUUUCCCUACGGCGGCUAUCAACAGCGUUCACGAUCUUAGAGUGCUGGACAUUGGAUUCAAUCUGAUCACCGAACUACCAGUCAAUGCCUUUCAAGGAAAUCCGUCAAUCACGCUACUAGCAAUCGAUGGUAACCCGUUGUCAACGGUACCGGAAGAAGCACUCGCCCGGCUGAACGGUACCCUGCGCGGCUUGAGUCUGGGUGGACGAUUCCUCGUCUGCGAUUGCCGGCUACGUUGGAUCGUUGAGUGGAUCAAAACACGAGAUCUGCAGGUCACCAGCCGCGAGCGCAAGCCACAAUUUUGCGGCAGCCCACAGCGGUUACAAGACAAGAGCUUCUACAACAUCGAUCCCGAUGAUAUGAAUUGCGAACGACCGUCAGAGAUAAUCGGAAUUGGAACGGUGGAGAGCGUGGACACCAGAGAACCGACGGAAACAGUAGCUGAAGCUGUUGGUACCCAUUCUCCUACCAUACGUCCAACAAUUUCUUCAACCGAAUCAAUCACCAGUACGACACUGUCCACGACCACGGUAACGGUGUCGUCGACGACCGAGCAGAGGAGAACGGCACCAUCGGCGCCACCUUCGACUUAUGUCCCGACAACCCGACCGACUGCUGCGCGAACCGGAAACGUCGUGGUCGUGAGGACCACUCCGUCAUCGCCAAAACAAUCACAGGAGCAGAUGCAGCAGCAUCAGCCAAGGCCACCGUUGGUUUUAGGAUCGCCAUUAUACAAGUCAAAAUCGAAUGAGAAAGACAUCGUGGUGAAAGACGUGCUCAGACAAGACAAUGCGGUCAUCAUAUAUUGGGACACGGAGGCGACUAACAUUCUAGGUUUCAGAGUGAUUUAUCGGUUGUUCGGAGAUAAUAGUUUCAAGCAGGCGCCGCCGCUCGAGGCUAGCGAACGCGAAUUCAAGAUCAAGAACGUACCUUCUCAGGAAUGCAUCGUAGUUUGCGUAGUCUCGCUGGAGGAGACUAACAUCACACCGGCGAAUGUGCCGUACAAUCAAUGUCGCGAGGUCAGGACGGAGAACUCGCCCACCUCGAACAUGGACAAGAUCACGAUUGCCGCGAGCGCAGCAAUCUGUGCCACGAUCGUUGUCGCGGUGAUCAUCUUUGUGAUCGCGAAUAGACGUCGUGCCCGCAAGCUGCAUACGUUACACAGCAUCGAUCAGACAAAAAUGGGCGGACCGAUCGCUGGUCUGCCGGUCAACUGUUGCUCGAACGUGGGUCCGACACCCAGCCCCGGUGGACCUCUGUCAUCAAUGGCCACCCUGAGUGCCUAUAACGCUCAGAAGGAAUGGGACCAAGUGUCGGCCUACAGUAACAGGAGCAUACCACGACCAAGAAUCUUCCCUAUCGAUCGACAAGGAUCGAUCACCAGAGCAUCUUGCAUCGAUGACGUACGCUCUCAGACCGGACACUACAGUAGCAAGGCUCGGUCAAUCGCUGACGGCCAAUCUCAGCACAGCUUCUCCAAUAAUUCCACGCGAUAUUUUGCCAAUACUGCGUUAGGUUCCAAUCUCGUCAGCACGAGACCAGAAUUACGACAAUCGCGGCAGUCGCUAGCGGCCGCCUCGGAUCGAAUGUCGCGGUCGAAUUUCAAUAAUAACCAUCUGCCUCCACACUCAUCGGCCCGGCGGCAGCGACCACGAUCGCGUAAUCGCACACUGGAGCCAAAUCCACCGCGACCUGGUAGUCGGUAUAGCUUAGCAGAUUCCACGCAUACCCUCAACAAUUAUGACGAGAACAACUGGACCGACCACGACAUGGACAUCUAUAUGGCUCGCAAUCCUACUACGAGAAGCGGCCUCGUGCCGCUCUAAAUAUCCGUGGCCCUCAUAUCAUCUCGUCGUUCAUUCUUGCUCAAGCGUGUUCAAUAGAAUCCAAUAGAGUCUCAGCCUAGUGGACUAUUCUUCCUCGUGCGGCGCGCUCUCGCAAAGCGAAGCGACACUGAGUGAAAUCUAGAUAAUCUUUGACAGUCGCUCUGAUCGAGAAGAGCUGAGUCCCGAACGCGUCAAACAUCUUUUUUUGAAAAACGUUGUAAUACAAUCGUAUAUUUUUAUACGAAGUCACAUUAAGUAUUGAAGAUCCUGAAGUGACUGAAUCCAUUCGUACAGUUCUAUUGUGUUCUAAUGUGAAAAAACAUUUUUUCGACAUUUAACACGUUCGAAACUUACUCGGCUUCGAUCACAUUCGACACUAACACGAUGCAGCAGGCAUUACCGUGUAAUGCUUGUGUAAAUGCAUAUAGCCAGUGUUCGAAUCGCAAGUGUUAAACUGAGAAGCUACACAUAGAUGUACAUCCCUGUCUAGUUCUAAGCAAUUUUAUGCAAUAAUACUCUUAAUUACCAAAUCGUUGAAGCGAGUGAAUUGAAUGUCCUUUUGGACGGUUCACGUAGUGUACGCAUUUAUGAAUGUUUAUUGAUAUUUGCACAACGGACUUCGCGAUUAUAUUGUCCAAAGACUGCAAUCAAAGUGUUUGUCUCCAGAGAAACACUAUCUCGAUCAAGUGAAUCGACAUAUCGUGAGAACGAAGUCGCUCCCAUCGUUCUGAAUAAAAAGCGAAACGAAAGAAUGUGAUGAGAGGCUUUGGAAGCCUUCUUCAUUGACGCUAUUUUAUUUUAUAGUACGUGUAUUUCGCACAUGCGUUUGCACGCGUAGAUGACGAGGGCGGCUCGCCGUCCGGCGUAUUGAUGACAAAUAAAUUACUUUACUACUUA